UUACGCUCACCUGACGAUGACCUGACCUCAGUUCGCCUGAUGCUCGCACCCCCGCCAACUUCGUGAUCGAUAUAGUUUGUAGCUCAGGGAAACGAACACCUGUUGACAGUGAAGCAGCCAAAAUGAUUUGAGCAAGAUGCAAAUGCAGAAUCUCAGAUUUGUUCCUGGCUGGUAGCAGGCAGUUUCUCCACUGAGUUCUCCAACAUGAUCAAACCUAACAGGGCACGCAUUCUACUCCUAGUGAUAGUUCUGCUAUGGUUUGCCACGGUUCUACACCUUGCCAGCUGGACGGAUACCCCUCCAAAGACAGCCCAGGCCAUUCAGGAGGAAAUUGUUCAACUGAGUGCACAGUACGUGAAGGCUCUGGCCGCUGAACAGAGAGAUAUAGUGGAUGGACCUUAUUCCGGGAGACUUACAAGUUAUGACCUGAAAAAGACCUUAGCAGUAUUAUUGGAGCACAUCAUGGGAAGAUUGGAUAAGAUGGAGAAUAAGUUUGAUUCCUUGUUGAAUGGCACCUCGUAUAAUCUGGACAGUAGUGUCAAAUUGUCAACACUGGAGAAGGUGGAGGAGAACCCAAUGGGAGCUAAAGGUUCAGUAAAUGCCCUUACAGAGCAUAAGAGAUCAAAGAAAGUAACAGUGCAGCAACUGUUGCAAGGUGAAGCUGAGAAGUGCUCCCUCCCUGACGACCACAAGUAUACUUAUCCUCACUGUUUGGGAAAAGUUGAUUGGAUGAAGGGCCACUGGAAGUCAGACAAGUGUUACAGCAAUUUAGGUGUAGAUGGCUCUGUAUGUUCUUUUAUCAUUUAUUUAAGUGAGGUGGAGAAUUGGUGUCCAAAAUUUCCAUGGCGACUCAAUGUAUCCGAGUCACAGCAUCUACAAAAUCGCAACGAGGCCAUAAUACCAGAGAAUGCAGCUGGGCUAAUGAAUCUGUUGACAGACUCAAACAGCCGCAAGCCAUAUGCCUGGAUACGCCAUCGCAUCCAGCAGAUCUGGCCAAAAUGGAAGCAAAGUGCAAUAGAUUUGAACAGCAAAAGCAGUUUGAAGGGAAGAAAACAGAAAAAUAUACUCAUUCAUAUAGGGGCUCUGACAAAACAGUCUGGGUUCAAAUUUGCUGAGACUGCAGAUAAAGGUGGACCCCUGGGUGAAUUAUUGCAGUGGAGUGAUAUCAUAACCAGUUUAUAUUUAUUAGGUCACAAACUGACUAUAACAAGUGAAGUAGAGGAGCUAAGAAAAAUUUUAUCAAAGUUCCCAGAUGCAAAGAUACAGUGUCAGGUGCGUUCCUCGCUUCCAGUAGAUGUGAUAUUCACAGAUAUAGUGGGCCUCAAGCAGUUCAAACAGUAUGUUGGGCAUGGCUACGGCAAAUUCAGCUGUCUCCUAAGAGUUAUUGAUUCAUUUGGUACUGAACCAAGCUUCAACCAUGAUCAGUAUGCCAAGGCACACAAAAUGAUGACCACCUGGGGCAGACAAAACCUCAUUCCUCAACAGUUCUUUAACAUGUUUCCCCAUACUCCAGAUAACUCUUUCAUUGGUUUUGUUGUGGAGACGCCAGAUAAUAUCUCUUCUUUGAACAGGGUAGUUAGAAAAGAGGACCAGGCCCUGGUGUAUGGGAAGCAUUUGUCCAUGUGGAAGGGCAAGAAGCAAUACCUUGACAUUAUUCAUGAAUUCUUUGAAAUUCAUUCCACGUUUUAUGCCGGGGGUGUGAAGAGUGAAGAUAAACAGGAGGUGCCAUCCUAUGUUAUAAAUCAUGGGAUCCUCAGCCCUGGCGAGAUACAGAAGCUUUUGAGAGAGUCCAAAAUAUUUGUUGGCCUGGGAUUCCCUUAUGAAGGGCCAGCUCCACUUGAAGCCAUAGCAGCCGGCUGUGUGUUCCUCAAUCCCAAGUUCAGCCCACCACACACAAGCCAAAACACCAAGUUCUUCAAGGGGAAACCAACAUUGAGGGAGGUUACUAGCCAGCAUCCCUAUGCAGAGGUAUACAUCCAUGAGCCUUAUGUUUAUACAGUGGACAUUAAUAACCUUGAAGAACUGCGGACAGCUUUGAGGAAAAUCAAACAGCAAUCUCAGGUUGAACCAUACUUACCUUAUGAAUAUUCAGAAGAAGGCAUGCUGCAGCGUGUCAAUAUAUUUCUUGAAAAGCAGGACUUCUGCAGGGUUCCGGUGGAAAGUUUUGUCCCAGAUCAAGCAGUCCAGACAAUUAUAGCAGACACCGGCAAGUCGUGUAAAGAUGUGUGCCAUAAUAGAGGGUUGAUAUGUGAACCUUCCCACUUUACCAAGGUCAACAAUAAAGACAAACUAAAACAGAUGAAUGUAGAGUGCACAAAGUCGCAGCAUUCAGGAGAUAUUUUCUACCCCUCGUUGCACGAGGAUUCUGGGACAUGUACAUUCCAGACAGACCCGAUGCUUUUCAGUUGCGUAGGCUCUCAGGAAGGACAGCGACGAAUAUGUCCAUGUAGAAACUAUAUCAAAGGUCAAAUUGCAGUUUGUGAGCAGUGUUUAUAAUGGAGUGAUUUA